AUGCAUCCAUUAGUGUAUAUUACAUGGUUAACAGUGUUUUCAAUAAUGAUAUUUAUUGCAAUAUUUGGGAAUUUAAUUGUUAUGUGGAUUGUUAUAGCACAUCGACGUAUGCGUUCAGUGACAAAUUAUUUUUUAGUAAAUCUAAGCUGCGCUGAUUUAUUGAUGUCUACAAUAAAUUGUAUGUUUAAUUUUAUCUACAUGUUACACAAUCACUGGUCAUUUGGUGAAUGGUAUUGUACAGUAAACAAUUUUAUGUGUACCGUCACUGUUUCAGCAAGUGUAUUUACAUUAACAGCGAUAACAUGCGAUCGAUACAUGGCAAUUGUGCGUCCCUUACAACCACGAAUGUCAAAGAAGAUUGCAUUAGUUGCUAUAGCUUUUGUAUGGAUUAUUAGUUGUUUAAUUGGACUACCAUCAUUAAUUUACUCAUCGUUACAUAGAUUCCAAACAAAUUCUGAAAAUGUUCCUGUACGAAUUGCUUGUACACUUAUAUGGCCGGAUGGAUUAUCUAUUAGAUCACAAAUGGACUUUACUUAUCAAGUGGCAUUAAUGGUAUUAUCAUAUUUUGUACCAAUUGCAUUAAUGGUAUGGUGUUAUUAUGGUAUGGGACGUGUAUUAUGGGGCUCAAGAUCAAUUGGUGAAAUGUCACAACGUCAAGCUGAUUCAAUACGUUCAAAACGAAAAGUAGUCAAGAUGUUUAUAUUCGUAAUGGUUGUAUUUGUUGUGUGUUGGCUUCCAUAUCAUGCAUACUUUAUUUAUACACAUUUUGAUCGUUCAAUACUAUCCACCACUUGGGUUCAACAUUUGUAUUUAAGUUUUUAUUGGUUAGCUAUGAGUAAUGCAAUGGUUAAUCCAUUAAUUUAUUAUUGGAUGAACGCAAGAUUUCGAAAAUACUUCAAGACAGCUGUAUGCGGAUGGAAAAGUUAUAUAAUAAGAAAAACAAUGCGUUAUAAAGGUCAACAAGGAAAUGAAACACCAGUAUUAGGACGUAAUACACAUUCAUUUUCUCGAUCAGAUGAUGGCGAACCAAUGUAUCAAUUAAGUCGAUGGUUUAGUAGACGAAAUCGAAAUCGGCAAACAAGAUCAACAAUUGUUCGAGAAAGUUCAAAAUUUCGUUCAACAGCAAACAAUAAUGGAAAUAUAGAACACAACCGAUCACCAUCAAAUAAUUUAAUGAUUAAUCGACGGAAAACUUUUUACCCCGACAAUAAUGGACAUGUUGAAACUGCGGACGUUUAAAUAUAGCCUUUAAAAUAGUUAAACACUUUUAUGAAAGUAUGAAAGAAUAAUUACCGUAGAACUUUUAUACACAGUAUCUGAAUGACUACACGAAUAUUAAUGUAUCAGAGAAAUUAAAAAAAAAUUUGACCGUUUGUUAUAUCAUCAGAACCCGUAUUCUGUAACCUGAUAAAAGUUCCACAGUUUUUACUCCUUCUGAAUAAACUUGUAAUUUUCAUAUCAUUGCUGUAAAUAAAGUUGCCUAAGUCUAUUAACUGUCACUCCCAAAUCAAUCUACUCUUAAUUACUGAACGAAUUUAAUAGAUCUCACCAAAUGUAAUAUAUUUUAUACUUGCUUCUACCGAUUUAUUAAUGAAAUUUAUAAAAAAAAAUAAUGUAAAAUAAGAAAUAGUAUAUUAAAGUUU